AAGUAAAGGUGAAUUCACCCUCUUAAUAGGUGACUAACCGUUUGACAGUCAGCUGUUUUUUGACGUUCAUUUGUUUUCUCGUGCAGCAACAAACAACCAUAAAUAUCAACAAGACGUGCAAUGGCUGCAGCAGCUUUGAGGAGCUUCUUUAUUUUCAAGUUUAAUGCGGUGUCCAGUAAGAAGACCUUCUAUACUAUUGGAAAGGUUGUAUCCUGUGCUAACUACACUACAGCCAGUAAAAAGGGCAAAAUUUAUCAAGACUUCAACGAAGCAGUGGGCGAUAUCAAAGAUGGCUCUAAGAUUUUAGUUGGAGGUUUCGGUCUGUGCGGCAUUCCAGAGAAUCUAAUCCAGGCAUUAAACAAGAGACAAGUUAGUGGACUUACAGUGGUUUCUAAUAAUGCUGGUGUGGAGAACUUUGGCCUCGGUAUUUUAUUGAAGAGCAGACAAAUCAAGCGAAUGAUUUCUUCUUAUGUUGGAGAAAAUGCUGAGUUUGAAAGACAGUUUUUGAGUGGGGAGUUAGAGGUGGAGCUAACACCACAAGGGACAUUGGCCGAAAGGAUUCGAGCUGGCGGCGCUGGCAUACCUGCCUUCUUCACUCCUACUGGUUAUGGCACCCUCAUACACGAGGGUGGCUCACCCAUCAAAUAUACUAAAGACGGAAAGAUUGAUAUCGCAAGUUCGCCACGCAACGUCCAACAAUUCAACGGCAAAGAGUACAUCAUGGAGGAAGCGAUCACUGGUGACUUCGCCCUCGUCAAAGCCUGGAAAGCUGAUAAAUAUGGCAACCUCAUAUUCAGAAAAAGCGCUAGGAAUUUUAAUCCUGCUAUGUGCAAAGCUGCAAGAAUGACCAUCGCUGAGGUGGAAGAAAUUGUUGAUGAAAUUGAACCUGAUUUUGUUCACGUACCAUCUAUCUUUGUACAUAGGGUUAUCAGGGGAGAUAAGUUUGAGAAGAGAAUCGAAAGAAGGACUGUGACUAAGCCUGAUGAUGGUCAGAAGGAAAAGAAAGCUUCAGAUGUGAUGAGGGAGAGGAUUAUUAGAAGAGCUGCUUUAGAAUUUAAGGACGGGAUGCACGCUAAUCUUGGAAUUGGAAUGCCAAUGUUGGCCAGUAACUAUUUACCUAAAAACGUAAAAGUGUUGUUGCAAUCCGAGAACGGCAUUCUCGGAUUGGGACCUUUCCCCACUGAAGACAACGUGGACGCGGAUCUGAUUAAUGCGGGAAAAGAAACUGUUACUAUUAUACCAGGAGCGUCAUUCUUCUCAUCUGACGACAGUUUCGCAAUGAUCCGUGGUGGACACAUCGAUCUGACCAUUCUCGGAGCAAUGCAGGUUUCUCGAUACGGCGAUUUGGCUAACUGGAUGAUCCCUGGUAAAAUGGUGAAAGGCAUGGGCGGGGCUAUGGACCUGGUGUCCGCCCCCCGAACGAAAGUAGUGGUGACAAUGGAACACACUGCCAAGAACGGCUCGCACAAAAUUCUGCCUGAGUGCAACUUGCCUCUUACUGGCAAAAACUGCGUCGAUAUGAUUAUUACUGAAAAGUGCGUCUUCGAAGUAGAUCGCGAAAAGGGACUGACACUGACGGAAUUGGCUGAUGGAGUGUCAAUUGAAGAUAUUCUGGUCAGCACCGGCAGCGAGUUCAACGUCGCUCCCAAGAUUAAGAAGAUGGGAGAUAUUACUAAGCCUGAAACUUACAUGGAAUAGUCUCGAAACAAAACUUAUUCUUUUAAACCCAGGCCUACGACUUACUUUACAGAUCACUAAUUAUAUUGGCUGAUGAAAAAGGACAGGUCUUUGCAAAGGAGUAACGAAUAGCAUACGUUAUUAUAAAACAAGUUUAGUAGUUACCACAGAACGCGAAAAUGUAUAUCAAUGAAUUGAAAUGCGUUACCUGAGACGAUUAUCUUUAAGUUUUCAAAUCUUCAUUGUACAUAUAUAUGAUGUUGGUGCCAAAACUCAAGAGGUUUAUUCUCGACAUCAAAAUGCACUACUCUAUAGGUGAGAGGUAAAGAACCUUAAUGAGUCUAUACUACCUCAAAUGGCUAAUGGCUUUGGUUGAUUCCGCAUUGA